UUUUUAUUUUAUGUACAAUAAAAUAGUUAAGUAUAAUAAUUGGUUGAUAUGACUACACGUUGACUGUGAAAUGUGUGUAGUAUAUAUAUUAUUAUAAUGAGCUCGUCUUCAAAUAACAUAAAUAAAGCCUAUUAUAACUGCGUCAUCAAAUAUCCUAAAUAAAUGUAUUGGUUUCCGUUCUAGUUGUAUAGUGUGUCAAAUGAUAACAAGACGUCAUGGAGCCCAAAUUAGAAGCAAACGUAGACAAAGCUCUCACUCCUAGAAAAAUAUUUAUAAGACAGAUCCUGGUAUCCAGCAGUGUUUGGUCUAGUUUCUUUAUGUUUGGGUUGUGUAUGGGCACUCCGACAAUUUAUAUAUCACAAACAAGAAAGGAAGCAAAUUCUACUGAUGUGAUUUCUAAUGAAAUGUCUUCGUGGAUUAGUUCUGCGUACAAUUACAGCGCGAUUCCCAACCUCUUCAUUGUUGCAUUCCUGUCAAGAAAAUUUGGCCGAAAGAAGACUUUUCUAGUCGCCACUGUGACAUCUGCAGUUGGAUUCGUAACCCUGUACUUAAGUUCAAACUUCACACAGGUUAUAAUAGGCGAGAUAUUACAAGGAACUCUAAUUGCCUCAGAUGGAAUGAUUUGUGUUAUGGUCCUUACAGAAUAUACAUCACCGAAAUACAGAGGAUUCUUCCUUACAUUUAAGUCAGCAACGUUUGGUUGGGGAAUGCUUGUUGCGAAUACGAUGGGAACCUUCUUGCAUUGGAAAUCAAUACCGUUACUAGGGUUUGCCUUGUCAGUAUAUGGAUUUUUGACGUGUCUUUUAUGGCCAGAGUCACCAUAUUGGUUAGCGAGUCGUCAAAAUUACGACGCUUGCGCAAAAUCCCAUUGCUGGCUGAAGGGGACUGAUGAAGAGUCAUUAAAAGAAAUUAGCUCAUUGAUAAUGCAACACAAAGAAUUAAGUCGCAGAAAAAUAGAAUCGUCGCACAAUAGACUAAAGAAGAUUCAAAUUGCGAUAACCUCAAAAGCCUUCUACAAACCUUUUGGAUAUACAAUGCUUAUGUUACUCUUGUAUUAUUUUUCUGGUAAAAUGUCCUGUAAUGUAUACGCCCUGCAGUUAAUUAAAAAUGUUACUAAUAGCGAAUCAACUGCAUACACAGGAAUGCUUAUAAUAGAUGCAUUAACAGUUUUUAGUAUGUAUUUCACCAGUGCAAUUGUUAAGUUCUACAAACGAAAAAUGCUCUUCAUUACGACAUCUUUGGUUGGCAUUUUGUUUUUACUGUGUAUCUCUAUUUAUUUGUAUCUAUCAAAACUAGAAUUUUAUGAGACAAAUAGUUAUAUUUUUUUGGUUUUGUUAACACUAUACAUGAUUGUUAUUAGUUGUGGACCGAUUACUAUAACUCCGUCAAUUAUCGCAGAACUGUGUCCUCUUAGAUAUCGAGGACUUUACAUGCUAUUAAUGGAGUUAGUUGAUAAUAUAAUAAUGGGUACUGUUGUUAAAAUAUUGCCUUAUCUAUUAAGUACAAUAGGUGCCCACGGCGCAUUCUUUUUCUACGGUAGUUCGUCACUUAUUUUAACAUUACUCAUAUACUACUUUAUUCCUGAAACCAAAGACAAAACUAUUCUUGAAAUGGAUGUUCUUAUGGGUACUUAAAGCGUAUGAUUUUAAGGAUUUCAGUGUUUAAACAACGCGCUCUGUAAGAGAGAAACAUAAGUAAUUAGAAUCAACUACAAUAGAACGUACUAAAAAACUAAAUGUAUCUAAAUAUAACGAUGUAAAUGAGUAAGAUAUAAAUGAUACCGAUUAUUGAAAUAAUUUAAAGAUGGUUGAAAGUGUGGAUAAGAGAAAUGAAAGUGGUAAAAAAGGGUUUGAAUGAUCUUUAUAACCAUAGACAAAUUUUGUUUCAAGGGCAUAUUUUUAGUUAUUGUAAAACUCCAAUUGUGUUUAAUUAUGUUCUCAUUAGUUUUAAUAUACUUGUCAUGCUCAGUUAUAGAUCAAUUAAUUUACUUCACCUUAACCCAUUUUCACAUAAUUAUUCUUUUAUAAAUAUAGUUAUUAUAAAGAGUAUACUUUUUAUAGAACAGGGGACAAACGGCAGGAGGCUCACCUGAUGUUAAGUGAUACGGCCGCCCAUGGACACUCGCAAUGCCAGAGGGCUCACGAGUGCGUUGCCGGGCUUUUAAGAAUUCCUACUUAGUAUUUUACUAAUAGGAUUUCCGCGGAACUGCCUUUUAAUUUUAAAGCGACAAUUUAUAUUAAACAAGCAUUAAACAAAUAUUUCUCUGAUAUUUGAUUGUACAGUCAUUUUGAAAAUGAUAGUAUUUUAUUAUCAAUACUUCGUCGUCAACGAUUCAUCUUAAGUCACCCACGCUAUAAAAUUCACAUAAUGUUAUGGAAUCAUUUAAAAAAAACGUGGAUGGCGUGGAUUUUUUAUUAUUACCUAAAUAAAAACCUAGAAAUUACUUUAUGGUAGGUUAGGUCGCGGUUCUAGAUAAGAAAAUCUAAAAAGCGCUGUUUUUCUCAAAGGUCAUAUAAAAAGUUUCUUAGUUCAUCAGCUAGGUCUUUCGUUUUCGUGAUUCAAAGUCGGAGCACGUUUUUGUGAAUUUACGGUCGAUUCAUCCGAUAUUCGAUUAUUAGGCAUUGAUCUCUUUAAAAUUUCGCUUUUUAUUCGCAAUGCCCAGUCCUGUUCAAUUGGCUAGAACGAAAUAAUUUUCUGAUUAUACGCCGACUGAAUCUUUAAUUUACGCCAUUAAUGCCUUCAUUUUAAUCGCGGUAAAAGUAAAAUGUCUUCUAUGAGAAUUUUUUUUUAAUUUUAGUUGAGAAUUGUCUAUGAAUAUUGUAAUGUUUACCUACCAUUGAAUUGAAUACAUUGUUUAUAUCUUUAUGUAAGCUGUACAGAGACUAGUUUAAUUAAAACUUGUAGUGAUACAACUAUCAGCUCUGUUAACUAUGUAUUAACAUGACUGUCCUCAUAUUGCACCCAUUUUAAUACCUACCAUAUGAACUUUCCUGACUAAAGAUAAAAUAAUUUAACAGUUUACUUAUAGGUCUUACUCGCUUAUCCUUACAAUAGUCAAAAUUUAUGUUCUUCACUUUUCCUACAAUAAAUCUCCUCCAUUACUUUAAUUUCCCCCAGAUUAAUAAAGAGAUUGAGAUUGAUAAUACUUUUGAAUACUAUCUAGAUUAUUUUUUUAUAUUUUGGUUUACGAAUAUUUCAAACUAAAUAUGUAACGGAUUGUACGUGUAUAUUAAUAACACAUCCACAAGCUAUGAGUAUGACUUAUCAAAACGAGUUAUAUCAAAAUGUUAACUGUCCCUCUCAGGGAUGGAUUUUUGUCUAAAACCAUUACCUUAUGCUUAUCAAAAUAUUGUCUUUUUUGUGUCAAUAAUACGAGCCGAGUAUUUCGUCAAUAAAGAAGGUUGAAUGAUGUCAUUGUAUUUUAAUUAAAAUCAAUUUUGUAUAGGUAGGUUAGGUAUGACAUAAUGUGUAGUGCAUAAGAAAUAAACGUACUCAGUCAUAA